GUCCCUGACAGAACAGCGGUUUCCGUUAGGAGGAAAUGAUGGAGAAGGAAAGUUUCUGACGCCUCUCCGUAUUUUCGGGACUGUCCGCAGGAAAACUGGAGAUCAUGUAGGCGAUCGUUUUGCUCGGUUCGCUUGUCCUCAUCGUAACGACAGUAAGUCUGAACAAUCUGUAUGGAUUUGGGAUUAAUAGGGUCUUCAACUCUGAAAUGUCUCAGGAUUGGAAAUGCAGCUCCACGCCUGUCUGUUGCUUUUUAUUAUCACAACAGAUAAAACAUUGGCCUUGUCGCACCACCACUGUGGUGGAAAAAUCAGCUUUGACCAAGAGCCUGCUGGUCACAUUAAUCUCACCUUACCUGGACUUUUUACUGAUCCCAACAGACUCAACCCCACAAACCACCCAUCUGACAAAACCCUGCCAGCUUCUGUUUGCACUUGGAUGUUAGAUAUUCCUCUGGGUCGGACGGUACUUUUAAAGUUAAUAUGGUUGGAAAGUGGUUCAAACAUAUCAGUGCGCUGUGUUUGGAACGAGGAAAAGCAGCUCCUGGCGAGCGGGGGUACGGCUCUGCUCUCCGACUGUGAUACAAACAAAGCCACCAUCUCUUGGACAGGAGCAGGAUACUCCUCAAAUGUAAUUCAAGUGUCCUAUUAUGUCCAGGAAGAUAAGAAGAAUUCCUCGGAGGACCACACCAGCCCACAUUCAGACCAAAACCUCUUACGAUGGUCUCAGACAGGAAGCAGCUUUAUGAGCCCAGCUCCUGUCGGUCAAGAGGUGGUGAGGGGGACAGAAGGGGGCAGAGGUCGCCUCUAUGAAGGUCGGGAGUGGAAUUCUGCGCCUCCGUCUGCGUCUAGUACCUCCUCUCAGGACCAAGGGCUGCUGCACCGCACCUCACCCCUGCAGGGACUCACUGUGGCUGGUAGAGCCGAUAGGGAAACUCACCCUCUUCCUGAGGAAGAACCAAACAAUAGAGCGGAUACAUCUGUAGCUGCUCACCUCACUGAUGGCCCCAUGUCUGCCAGAGAGCGAACACACCCCUAUUUUCAGCCUACACGCAGUAUAGACACACUGUUUCACACAUCACACACAACAAACACAGAAACAAACUCUUACAAAACUCAAACUCUCCCCCAAACCCAAAUGGCAGUGAUACAUGCAUCAGCCAGUACUUCCAACACUUUGCAUGGCACAGAAAUACACAAACAAACAAACACUGCAACCACACAAGCUCCCCUUACUGUGUCCAGCUCAAGCAUCCCACCUCUCGCCUCUUCUCCCCCUGAGCCACAUUCCUGGACACCCUGGGUGAGGAGAGCUGUUAGUGGGGCACCUGGAGAGAAACUACCACAUUCCUGGAGGAGCCAGCGAAGCACAGACAGACUUGACUCUGAUUUGACUUCCACCGUCACCUCUGACCCUUUAAAAUCUCCCACCGAACCUCACCAGGACAACUCAAGCUGUGCACACACUGAUACUGAACCCACUGCGUCGUCAUCAUAUUCACAGGGCCCCAGCAGUACUCAGUCAUCCACCACCCACAUCACAGGGCUCGACACUGCUGUUGGUACUGUGGAGGCGGCUUCAUUUCAUCCAAACAUUAGUCGAACUGACUCAUUUGUAUCUACUUCAUCCGAUCUUACCAGACAGACUGCUAUGUUUGAGUCCUCAGAGAUGCUUCACACUUUCACUUCUUCCACACAGAGUCAAACAAACUCUCCGCAAAGCACAGAGAGCAUCACGCACUCACCGCCUCCCUACACAUCCUCCCAGUUCACACAGACGAGCAAAGAGGGGACACGAACAGCAACACAAAGAAUCUCCUCCUCGCCUGACAUUACAAAAAGGGAUGACUGGACUUUCACAGCUUCUUCUUCUACACCCAGAACAGCACUGACGUUGGGAGAUGUAGUCCAGAACUCAGCUGCCACAGGAACGACUGCUGACACUGAAACGUUUACACUGCGUCCCACUUCUACGCUCUUGCAUGACAAUUUGCCUACAAAUUCAUCGACUCCUGGUCCCGUUUUGUCAUCCAGUACAUCCAUACAGUCAUCUACACCUUCAUACAUCCAAACACACACUGCAUUUCCUGAUAGUUCACAUUUCACUCACACACCCCUGCCUUUGCCCUCCACUACCACUGAAUCCGCUGCACACCCACCCUAUAUCAACCGCGAAACCGUGCCUAUACCCUCACAAACGUCAACAAUAAAAUCUAUAUCUUCACAGAUGCCUCAUUCACAUAACCACAUGUCUUUGCAAUCUUCUACUGUCCCAGCCACGCAAAAACAGUCCCAUGACUAUAUACAUACUACACUUACUUCUCAGCUCUUAAUCACAACUACAAAAUCAGAUUACGGACAUGGAGAUAAAGAGGGAGAAGCUGAGAGAGAGGAUGAGUCUCAGAUGUUGUUUCCCAGCAGCACAACCACACAAACUCCCACAGCUGGGCUUCCACAGCAAUCCCCAACCCGGGAAACCCCACAUCCCAGCCAGAAGAACCAUACGACGCUGACACCUUCUGUUUUAACAUCCGUGCCCACUUGGCGCUCCACAACUAGUCAGACACCCAAGUUCUACAUUGAGCCAGACCAGCCUGCGGCCAUCAGAGUGAAGUCAAUUGAGCUGCUGCUUCAGAUCAUUGUGAAGGAGUCCCGAUCAGCUUUAACUUCUGGCUUAGAGGAAGAAACUGCUGCCUGGGUGGAACCAUACCUACAGAGAGCCCCAGGGUUCAGCAAGCUGCUGGGAGUCUGGAGCAGUGGCCAUGCAGUGCAGAGUCUGGUGGAGUUUAAAACCAGCGGGGCUCUGCAGUGGCUCAGCAUGACAGGACCAACAUCACUGUUGGAACGAACAGGACUGGCUCAGGCUGUUCGCGAGGGAAGGAGCUUCAGAUUGUCCAAGAUCACCAACAUCACACUGGGAGGUCUGCAGGGUGACGUGUGUGGCUGGUUACUACAGUGCCAAGCAGGCUAUAUGUGUGUGUCCCAGCCUGGCACUUCAAACUACAGCUGUUCUUCUGUCUGUCACUUUGACUACUGCCACCACCAUGGCAUCUGUACCCACCACCCAGGCCAACUUCCAGUUUGCCGCUGCCUUGUAGGAGAGGAAUUCUGGUACAUGGGUCAGAGGUGUGAUGUGAGGAUGACUCGAGCGCGGCUCGUGGGCGCAUGUCUUGCCAUCUUACUCAUCAUGGUGACAGUGAUUGGCGUUUUGGCCUUUGUAGCAGUGCGACGCUACCGUGCCAUUCUGAUCCAGGCCAAAGUAGAUCAGACUCGGAGCAGCUAUCGCAGGUUCAACCAUUUUGAUGAGCUGUCAGGACGGUUCUGGUUGCGUUCAUGGGCAGGAUCAGCAGACUCUCUAGAUAAUCCUGCCUUUACACGCUCUGAUGAGUUACUACACCUGCGGGCCCUCGACCGCCCAUGCUGUUACCACGACGACACGCUGUCACUGGCUUCCACCUGCCCCAGCCACGGAGCACGUAUCAAUACAAUCUAUCCCCACAGCUCUCAGUAUGGUUGGAGGGGAAGUGAGAUGAGCAUGGGGGAUGGUGUGUUGGACUCAGGUAAGGCCAGUGACCUUUCUGUCUGUAGCUGGCCUGUGGAACCCAUUCAGUGGACUCCCUUCCCACUUCUGCAGCAACUGGCUUCCCACAGGACACCCACAGUGAGGGUGUCAAGGCCACGGUCCUACUGUGAAGGCAUGGAGCUGGUAGACCUGGGGAAGAGCUGGACUGCUUGACAUACACAAAGAAGAAUCAUAUCUGUUCUGACACUGGUAUUUGCAGCUUAUUGUUGUAUUCUAGGCCUCAAAUGUUCUUGUUUUGUUGAUAACAAUUGUAAAACAAUAUGUAAAUGUGUGUGUAUAUUAAGUGUAUAUUUUUGGUAAAUUGUUGCUACAUUUUCAAGUUUGAACCUACAAUGUGUUUCUUAUAUUUUCCCUCUAACCUUCUGAUGUAGGGUGUACUGUAAAAAUAGAAAAAGAAAGAGGCAGUCUGAAUGUCUAUGGCACAGAUUUGUAGAUAAUGCUUUAAUAAACAUUAAUCGUACUCAGGGCAAUUCAAACAAGUCAUCGCUUAGCAAGGAAAGUUCAAUUGUUUGUCACAUUACAUAUGCAAAGGUAGUUAAAGUGCUCAACAUAAGGCAUUAAAUCAUUUUACAGGGUGAAUUACAUAUAUAAAACAUAAAUAUGAUAUAAAGAUAAAUCAAGAUGUAAGUGAAAAGUGCUUUAAUAAAUUUGACAUUUUGGGAAAUAUGCAUAUUCACCUUCUUGCAGAGUUAAAUGAUCGAUCUUCCCAUCUAUUUAUUAAAUGUUCUUUCAUC